GUCCAGCGGGAGGCGGAGCGAGUCCAAAAUGGCGGCUCUCAGGCUGGCGCGCUCCGUGCUGCUGAGGCUUUGAGGUGGUCGCCGGGGGCCGGAGGGGGGACGAUUUCCCCGCCGCGGGGCCCCCAGAGAAUGAAUCGGGGGCUCUGCUGAGGCGAGGCGGCGGGGCUGGAGAGCAGUGGCAGCAAAGGGCUGCGGUGGCGUCCACGCAGCGGGAUGUGCGAGAGUUACUCCAGGUCGUUGUUGAGGGUCUCGGUGGCGCAGAUCUGCCAGGCGCUGGGCUGGGACUCGGUGCAGCUCAGUGCCUGCCACCUCCUCACCGACGUCCUGCAGCGCUAUCUGCAGCAGCUGGGCCGAGGCUGCCAUCGGUACUCUGAACUCUAUGGCCGAACUGACCCCAUUCUGGAUGAUGUUAGUGAAGCCUUCCAACUUAUGGGGGUUAAUCUGCAUGAACUAGAAGACUAUAUUCAUAAUAUUGAACCUGUCACCUUCCCACAUCAAAUACCUUCAUUUCCUGUUAGCAAGAACAAUGUCCUUCAGUUUCCUCAACCUGGAAGUAAAGAUGCAGAGGAAAGAAAAGACUACAUUCCCGAUUACCUGCCACCCAUCGUGUCUUCUCAGGAAGAGGAAGAAGAGGAGCAGGUGCCCACUGAUGGAGGCACCUCAGCAGAAGCUAUGCAAGUGCCCUUGGAAGAAGACGAUGAGAUGGAGGAGGAAGAGGUCAUCAACGAUGAGAAUUUCUUGGGUAAGAGGCCACUGGACAGUCCUGAGGUGGAAGAAAUACCCGCCAUGAAGCGCCCGCGACUCCUGAGCACUAAAGGGGAUUCCCUGGAUGUUGUACUGUUAGAAGCACGAGAACCUCUCAGUUCCAUAAACCCACAGAAGAUCCCACCAAUGCUUUCUCCUGUGCAUGUCCAGGACAGUACAGAUCUCACCCCUCCAUCACCGGAGCCCCCGAUGCUGGCUCCGUUUGCAAAAUCACAACUACCAACUGCAAAGCCAUUAGAAACAAAGUCAUUUGCACCGAAAACAAAGACUAAAGCUAGCUCUCCAGGACAGAAGACUAAAUCACCCAAAACUACCCUAUCACCAGCAAGGCUUGGAAGUCCCAUUCGGUCACCAAAAACCAUCCCCAAAGAAAAGAAAUCACCAGGGCGUUCUAAGAGCCCCAAGAGUCCCAAGAGCCCCAAGAUUAUAACUCACACUCCCCAACCCCCUCCCAGACCUGAAACGCCAAAUAGAACCCCUUCAGCUAUAGUAGUUGAAAAGACUGUUAAAGAAAUCAUCCCAGUGAAGCCAACACAGACUCCCCCAGAAAUUGGGAAACUGAACAUGGAAAUGCAGCCGAAAAAGGCUGUGGCAGACAAAACCAUCGAUGACUCCAUCGAUGCCGUGAUUGCGCGCGCCUGUGCAGAGCGGGAGCCAGAUCCUUUCGAGUUUUCUUCGGGAUCGGAAUCUGAAGUGGACACUUUUACAAGCCCUAAGAGGAUUUCCGGUUCAGAGUGCACCACUCCAAAGGCUUCCACUUCUUCCAAUAACUUCACCAAGUCUGGGUCUACUCCUCUGCCUCUUUCUGGCGGAACUUCAAGUUCUGAUAACUCGUGGACGAUGGAUGCCUCGAUUGAUGAGGUGGUACGGAAGGCAAAACUGGGAACCCCUUCCAGCAUGCCUCCCACCUUCCCGUAUAUCUCUUCUCCCUCCAUUUCUCCUCCCACUCCCGAACCUCUGCACAAGGGGUAUGAGGAGAAAGCCAAGCUGCCUUCAUCUGUGGAUGUAAGGAAGAAGUUGAAAAAAGAACUGAAGACUAAAUUGAAAAAGAAAGAAAAGCAGAGAGAUAGGGAGAGGGAAAGAGAGAGAAACAAAGAAAGAAGCAAAGAGAAGGAUAAAAUGAGAGAAAGGGAGAAGGAAAGGGAAGCUGCCAAGGAAGUCAAGUACCCAUGGAAGGACUUUAUGAAAGAUGAAGAUCCCGAUCCCUAUAGGUUUAAAAUCAGAGAAUUUGAAGACCUUGAUCCAAAAGUGCGGUUGAAAGACGGGAUAGUGAGGAAGGAGAAAGAGAAGCAUAAGGACAAGAAGAAAGAUCGAGAACGAGGCAAGCGAGAUAAAGAUAAGAGAGAAAGGGAAAAGAUUAAAGAAAAAAGCAGAGAAGACAAGAUAAAGGCUCCUCCAACACAGCUGAUAUUACCUCCGAAAGAAAUGGCACUACCUUUGUUCAGCCCUUCCACAGCAGUGAGGGUCCCAUCCAUGCUGCCUGCCUUGCCCCCGAUGCUCCCAGAAAAACUGUUUGAGGAAAAAGAGAAACCAAAGGAAAAAGAAAGGAAAAAGGACAAAAAGGAAAAGAAGAAGAAGAAAGAGAAGGAGAAGGAAAAGGAGAAGAAAGAGAGGGAGAGGGAGAAAGAGAAAAGGGAGAGAGAGAAGAGAGAAAAAGAGAAGGAGAAACACAAGCAUGAAAAAAUAAAAGUGGAGCCCGUGAUCCCAGCCCCAAGUCCAGUUAUCCCCAGGUUGACUCUGCGAGUUGGCGCUGGCCAAGACAAAAUUGUCAUCAGCAAGGUGGUGCCAGCUCCAGAGGCUAAGCCAGCCCCUUCUCUGAACAGACCUAAAACCCCGCCUCCAGCCCCAAUCCCAGUUCCUGUGCGCGUGAGCCCUACUCCUCUACCACCACCACUCCUCACCCAGGCUGCAAUGUGCCCAGCCCUGAUGCCAUCCCCAGCUCCUGCCCUCUCUGGAGUGGGGAGUGCCAAAGCCCCAGUGCGGAGCGUGGUGACAGAGACGGUCAGCACUUAUGUGAUCCGCGAUGAGUGGGGCAAUCAAAUCUGGAUCUGUCCAGGGUGCAACAAGCCUGAUGACGGGAGUCCUAUGAUCGGCUGUGAUGGCUGUGAUGAUUGGUACCACUGGCCCUGUGUGGGAUUAAUGGCCGCUCCUCCAGAAGAAAUGCAAUGGUUCUGCUCCAAAUGUGCCAAGAUAAAGAAAGACAAGAAGCACAAGAAGAGGAAGCACCGUGCACACUGACGUCAGCGUGGGCAGGACUGAUGCCCUGCGCCUGUUGGGGCUGGGCCGGUUCUGCCAUCCUGUCUCCCCCCAGGCCCUGUGGACAGCGCAUCCCGGAGGGGCAAGGACAAGAAUGUGCCAUCGCUCGAGAUGCUCCCGUCUGAAACACAUGGGCCUGAGCUCCCACGGCGUGUGACUGAAGAGAAACCCCAGUGGAGGCGUGGCCUGAGGGUUAGCACCUCUAUCUGCCUAUUACCAGUGACAAGUAUUAAUAAAGACACCACACAUCUUCCCUCUUGAUUUCCUUUCUUCUCUCCAGGACCUUUUAUUACACUGUUAAAUGAGAAGGUAAUGUACAAAUGCCUUGAUUGUAAUUGAAGGAUGCAUCAUUAGGUAUAGUUUCCAAGCCCCCUCCCUCACAGAGAUAAUCAUAAGGAAAGAACGCCCCAGUCAGAGGACUGGUAAAUAUUUUUGUGAUGAGAAUAUAUGAAACUCCCCCACCGACCCCACUUUUAUUACUAACAUGUAAAAUGUUCAGGCUUUUGUGAGAUACCUUAUAUUUUUUAAGAAAAAGGUUUCUAUCAUGUCCUGUUCACCUCCGUGCAAAUUAUUUUCCUUUAUUUUAUAAUUUGGUUGUGUUCUAAUCCUGCUCUUCUGUAAACUGCUGGAGCCUCUUCUCACCGCCACGUGUACAUUUAUCAACUUGUAUAAAACUCUUGAUACUAAGAACGAUUUCCCCUGACUGUAAAUAAUAAAUAUUUAUGAAGUAGUUAUUUUUAAAAUUUUUUAUCGUGUUUAAUUCUGACUUUCUCUGGAAUCCACUGUGAUUUCAGCCAUGUCUGUAAUUGCUGCUGAACGUAGGCAAAGAAGACAGAGAGAGAGAGAGAGAGAGAGAGAGAGAGAGAGAGAGAGAGACCAGCUAUCCCUCCCCAAAUGCAGUGCCCGCAACACGGUGGGGAAAGGGCCCUAGCAGGUGGAAGGAACAAGGCAAUUUAAAUCUAGCGUUGAUGGUUUCAAAUUGUUUUGUUUGUUAUAUAUUUUCUGUAAAUUUCUCUCACUUUUACUAUAAGGACAUGUAGUUUCCACAAAAGUAAAAAAAAAAAAAAGAAAAAGAAAAAAAAAAGAAAAAAAUACUGUAGCAUUUUGUGUUUAUAUUGUUUUAUUUCUACAGAUUUGUUCAUGGAUAUUGUGCUUUAAGGUUGAAAUGAAGUAUAUUAUGAAUUUUUUUAAGAAAACGCAUCAAAUUUCAGGGUAUCACAAAACUUUAUUAUAUUACUAUACUGCCCACUAUUUAUUAUAUGUUAUAGAUAUCUGAAACGUAAACCAAAUAUUUUAUUUUUAAUGUAAAAAAAACAUCAAAUUUAACUUUAUUAGCAUAUUUUAGUGACUUUGGAAUAACUGUGGACUUUUACUUGAUUUUGAAAUAAUCCCGAUUUGGGCUUAUGUGAAGGCUAUCUUGAAUGUUAGAAUGUGGGAUUUGAACCUAAUACAAAUAUACGAAUAGAAAUGUGAUUUUUUUUUCUUUUUACUGCCAACUCAAUUGAUAUCAGAUUAUAAUUAGUCCUAUUUUAAAACAUAAAAUGUGGUUUCAGAAAUGCAGUUCUCUGCCUUGAUGUUAAAUUACCUAACAGUGGGAAUGCAGUCAACCAGGGAAGAGUGUGGAUAUCACUACCCUCCUUGUUCUAGAAGCCAGAAGCUUUCUUCCCCUGUCCCCCACAAAAUUUCUAUGUUGAGAUAUGUGUAUUUUUUUUGUUUGUUUCAUUCAUUAGAAAGCAUUCUAAAUACUUUAUACAAUAUUUUCACAUGCACAAAUAUACCCACUAGUGCUUUUUGGAGAGGGGUGAAGGGUGGGGGGAAGUGCAAAAUAAAGAUUAUUGGCUGUUUCGUA